UUCCACGAGCUUCAGAGAGGGCGGGAGGAGUAUAAAAGCACGCGCCACUCCAGGUAACAUGAUAACGUCACUCGGGAGACUCGGGGAAUCACACAACACACGCGCCUCGCCUCGCCUCACAUCCUCACAUGCUUACCGACGCCGCCUGAGCGACUUCAAAGUAUUGAGAUGCCGAGUCACGCGAGCAUACACCGGCACCGACACCACCGAGAGCUCCUGUUGCUGUUUUUCAUUCUGCUGCUGAAAUACUGUCACGCGGUCAAGAACGACGCCACGGAGAUGCUGCACGGGCACAUCAUCCCUCUCGUGCAGGAGGAGACACCAACGAACACAAACACAUCCCUGAACAUGAACCGAGCCAGGAAUGGCGGCAGGACGGGCUUUGAAUCGGCCGCUAAGCUUGAUCAGAGCCAGGUGGGUUGCCGUGAGCUGCGCUCCACCAAGUACAUCUCCGAUGGCCAGUGCACCAGCCUGAGUCCCGUGAAGGAGCUGGUGUGUGCCGGCGAGUGCCUUCCCGCCCACCUGUUGCCCAACUGGAUCGGUACCGGCGGCGCCGGCGCUGGCUACAGCGGCCGCUACUGGACCCGGCGCGACGCCCAGGAGUGGCGCUGCGUCACCGACCGCACCAGGACCCAGCGGAUCCGGCUGCAGUGUCUGGACGGCAGCACGCGCACCUACAAGAUCCAGGCCGUCACCGCCUGCAAGUGCAAACGCUACUCGCGCCAGCACAACGACUCCGUGCAGAAGAGCGACGGAACCGGAACCGGAACCGGAACCGGAACCUCUGCAGCCGACAGAACUUUUGGUUUUGCUUCCACCCAACCGCAGCCACAAGGUCCGAAUCAGAGUCCGAGUCAGAACCAGAACCAGCCCGGACAACAUAAGAAGAGAAGGAGCAAGAAUGGGCGCAACAAGCCCCCCAGAUCGGACCAUGCCCCCCGCAACAAGCCCUGAUGGUGUUCAAG